AAACGCCAUAGUGGAACACGUGUUCUUCUAGUGCUAUUACUAAUAAUACAAUGAAAAAAAGUAUCCGCUAGUGUGAAAAAUAAAAUUAAGAACAUGUCUUUUGUCAACCGCUUGCUGCUCUCCGGCAUGCUAGGUGUGGUCUUACAAUGCUUAAUGGUCAACACUGACAAAGAAGUGUUGCACAUACUCACUUUAAAUCUGCCGGGCUACAAUAGCUAUAAUGAGAUGAUCACACUCGAGAAUGGGGAGUUGGUGGUUGGUGGCAAUUGGACUGUUGAACUCGGUCCACCAAACCAGGAGGGUCUAAUAACUAUAGCCAUAACAGAGUAUACUAUCGAUAAGAAUGGAUAUCACUCGCAAUAUCGUACCGACGAAGUACCCAUGGUGGAAAAACGGUUAAGUGAGGGUUUUUUAAAGUCGGCAGCGGGCUAAAAGGUCGAAUGUUCUUGAAAUAUAUGUAUGUG